GGGUGAGGAGGUAGACAUGGCAUGCAGCCGUAUCUCGUGGCUCUGUGGGCUGUGUUAUGAGUUAUGAGACUGUCUGUCUGCUGUGAACUUAGCCUGGCAAGUUGAAGUCUGAGUAUUUACACAGAGAGGAGACAGCAGUCACAGCUUCCAAGAUACUCGUGACUAACAGAGUGCCAUACCUCCUCACCACUUUGACCUGAGGUCAAAAUGACACACCUGAGUAAGGAGUGGCAGUAAACAGACGGAAAAAUGUUUAGAGGGGCCACCACCAAGGUGGCGGUGCCCAAGACGGGAGCUCCAGAUCGGGGCCGGCUGCCCUCUUCCAUCGGCCACACAAGCACCUCCAGCAACAGCGGCUCCACAAUGAUGAAGACGUCGCGCUCGUCCAGCACCAUUGCCUCUGACCUGCGUCUCAGCCGGCUGAAGCGGGCGAGCAGUGAUGAUGCCCUGGCCAAGCCUGCUCUAGGACCGGCAGCUCCAACGUCUCGUCUGAAGAAGACUGUCACUACUGGAGCCAUUUCAGAGCUAGCAGACAACAGACCACACAACCUGAUGGGUAUCCAAUCAACCAAAAAGUCUGGAAUACCUGCUCCAAGGGACAUCCCCCAGACCAUUUCCAGAGACCGCACUCCAUUAAGAGACCCGCUAAGAACUCCAUCUACCAAAAAGAUGAUCCCCAGUGCUAGCACCUCCAGCCUGUCUGCACUAGCAAAGCAUUCCCGCAGUUCUCUCAAGUCAAAGGUGGAAGCCGAGAGUGCAGACAGGGCCCUCCUGGAAUGUCAGAUUAAAGAACUACUAGCUGAGGCCAAGGCCAAAGAAUUUGAAAUAAGUAAGUUACGGAUGGAGCUACAAAGGUGCAGAGGGAAAGGCUCUCCACAGGAAGCUGGCACGCCAGAUGGGGCAUCAGAGCGGGAACAAGCCGAGGCGAAUUCCACAAAUAUGCAAACGUUAGCAGAGCAGAUGAUGGAGAAGAACAGGUGCUUUCAGAAAGAGUUGUCUGCCUUGCAGCAAGAGAAUCAGAUUCUAAAAGAAAAACUUGUCUUGUUGGAGAACUCUCCAGUCUCCUGUGGUAAUACCAUCACAAAUUCUCCAUUACUAACCAGUCCAACUAAACCGUCUGUUAAUGGAGUUGUACCAGAGAUUAGCAGCACCAAAAUGGCAGCAGGUGGAUCACUCAACGGCAGUCCAAUUAAAACCUCUGUAUCAUCUGGUAGCGACAUUACCAAAGGGUCUCUGUCACCGGACUCCUCAGAGUUUGAGAAGAUCUCAUCACGCUCAGAUUCAGCCAGCAGCAACAGCACCAAGGGUAUUUCACCAAGCCCCAAGGAGCAAGAUCUAUCACUGCAGUGUCUCACAGAACGCAUUCAAAAAAUGGAGGAGAGCCACCACAGCACAGCAGAGGAGCUUCAGGCCACUCUGCAAGAGUUAGCUGACCAGCAGCAGGUUGUGCAGGAGCUCACGGCAGAGAACGAGCGCCUGUCUGAAGAGAAGAGUCUUUUGCAGACCUCCCUGCAGCAGCAGAGGGAGCGUGUGGAGCUCUUGGCACAGAAGAAUGAGACCUUGCUUCAGAGACUCAGAGAGCAAGUCCAAAGUCAAGAAGUCGAGGCCUCCCGCGCGUCCAGGGCUGCAGAGCUGGAACAGCGUCUGGCUGAGCAGUUGGAAAGCUCACGCUUUGAGAGGGAGAAACUGGUGGACAUUCAGCAGCAGCUCACAGGGAGCCUAAGAGCUUUGGAAAAAGAGCAUCAGGAGGCCCAGGCGGCCGUGCGAGGCUUAAAAGACGAGCUAGAGGUCUUGCAGCAGCAGCUGGAAAGGGAGAAGGAGGCUGGGGCUGAGGCAACAAGGCUAGUAGUGGAACAGCGUCAAGCUGUGGAGACUAUGAGGGUGGAGAAUGAGUGCUUGAAGGCCCAGGUGGAGACCGAGAGGCAGAAGGUGUUGGAGCUGAAUGCAGUCCACAGUGCUAGUAACAGCACAGAGCUGCAGGCCUUACUGAAAGCUGCACACACAGACAGAGACAAACUGGAGCUCAACUGCACCGAGCUGAGACAGGAGCUGCUGCAGACUCACAAGGACAUCGAACGCAUUCAGGGUUUGCUCAGUAAGGCUGAGGCAGACCAACAGAAGCAUCAGGAGAGAUUGGAGUCGCAGGAGCAAGAUCACAAAGCGAGCAUGCUUGCUCUGGAGGAGAAGAGCAGAGAUGGCGAGAACCAGAUCAAGGACCUUAAGGAGACGAUUUUUGAGCUGGAAGACCAGGUGGAGCAGCAGCGGGCAGUUCAAUUGCACACCAACCAAAUCAUCGUGGACCUCGAGAGUCAAAUCAAGCGGCUGGAGGAGCAUAAGGCUGAGCAGGACAAGCAGUUGAAAGCCAUGAGUAAGCAGAUGAAGGACGAGACGCAGGAAUGGCGGCGUUUCCAGGCUGACCUGCAGACAGCUGUGGUUGUGGCAAAUGACAUAAAGAUAGAGGCUCAGCAGGAGGUGCGAACGCUGCGCAGACGGCUGCAUGAGGAGCAGGAGCGCAGUGCCAGGCUGGCUACAGAACUCGAGCACAUACAGGGGGCCAGGUCACGGAUGGAGGAAGGGAGUCUCUCAGACUCAGACAGCAGUCCUCAGUGGUGUGGAAUUGCUAUGACCCAGAAUGCACCUGGUAGUGAGAGUGAAAGCAGUACACCUUCAGAGCCAGGGGCCACCGUCAAAUCCCUCAUCAAGUCCUUUGACACAGCUGUCAAGAAUGGACCUGCCAGUACGGUGCAGAUGCCGACGUCUCCCAGAAGCCCCCUGAGUGGAAUUCCAGUCCGCACUGCUCCUGCAGCUGCUGUCUCACCCAUACAGAGGCCUUCAUGCAUCAAGCCUCUGUCUAAAACCCUGGAAAGAAGAAUCAACCUGGUGGAUUCCUCUCACUCCGUUGAUGAACUGAAGCCGUCGUCUCUGAUGAGAAAGAGUCCAUCCCUCGAGUCAGUCAUCAAGACUCCAGCUGCACUAAGCAGCAGAACAUCCUCGUUCACUUACAGCCGGGCCAACAGUAAGCUCAAUGUGGAAAGAACAGACCCUCUGGCUGCUCUGGCGCGGGAGUAUGGGGGAUCUAAGAGGAACGCUCUACUGAAGUGGUGCCAGAAGAAAACAGAAGGCUAUCCGAACGUCGAUGUGACGAACUUCAGCAGCAGUUGGAGUGACGGUCUGGCCUUCUGUGCACUGCUACACACAUAUCUGCCUGCACACAUCCCUUAUCAAGAGCUCAUCAGCCAGGACAAGGGCCGCAAUCUGACCCUGGCCUUCCAAGCAGCUGAAAGUAUUGGGAUUAAACCGUCUCUGGACAUUGAUGAGCUGAUGCACACAGACAGACCCGACUGGCAGAGCGUCAUGCAGUAUGUUUCUCAGAUCUACAAGUACUUUGAGACUUGACCCUUCAAUGGAGGAAUGGCAAAUGGAAGGCACAGAAUCCCAGAAGCACUUUCUGCUCAUUUUGUUCCACAUCACGAUGUGGUAUACAUGCAUAUACGUACAUAUAUAUCCUGCAUAUACAGUACCAGUCAAAAGUCUGAACACGCCUUCUAAUCCAGUGUUUAUUCUUUAUUUUUAUUAAUUAAAGUCACUUCAUGUUUUAAAGUAACGAUGGAUGUCGUUUCUCUUUACUUAAGUUGAGCGGUUCGUGAUAUAAUAUGGAUAAUCCUAAAAAAGUAUUGUUGUUAUUUACUGUUUGAUCUCAAACACGUUAAGACGGCAAGAAACUAGUCCGCUAAUUACCUUUUGACGAGGCGCACCUGUUAAUUGAAAAGCAUUCCAGGUGACUCCCUCAGGAAGCUGGUUAAGAGAACGCCAACAGUGUGCAAAGUGUCAUCAAAGUAAACGCUGGCACUGAAAAAUCUAAAACAUGAAAUAUAUUUUGUUUGCCACAUAAUUCCAUAUACACUCACCGGUCAUUUGAACACACGUCCACCUGCUGUUUGAUGCGGGUCUCUAAUCAGCCGAUCCCUUGACACGCAUCAAAUCAUGCAGAUACAAAUUGCGAGCUUCAGAUGAUUAACGUUCACUUCAAACAUCAGAAUGGGAAAAAUUGUCAUCUCAAAGUGUGACUUUCUUUCACUGUGGUUUGGCAUGGGUGUUGGUUUGAGCCAGACGGACUGGUUUGAGUAUUUCAGAAACGUCUGCUCUCCUGGGGAAUGGUGCGAAAAACAAAAAAACAUCGAGUUGCGUGAGCGACAGUUCUGUGGGUGGAAACAAACACCUUGUUGAGAAGAAAAGUCAGAGGAAAAUGGCCAGAUUGGUUCGAGCUGCCAGGAAGGAUAUAGUAACUCAUAGCAACUCUUUACAACCGUGCUGAGCAGAAAAGCAUCUCAGCAUGCAACAGCAGAAGACCACAUUGGGUUCCACUCCUGCAGCCAAGAACAGGAGUCUUAGACUCAACAAGUGGCCAGUAAGUGUAUGUUCCAUUUCAUAGUUUUGAUCUCUUCAGUAUCGUUCUACAAUGUAGAAAAUACAAAAUACAGAAAAACCUACGAAUGAGUAGGGGCGCCCAGACUUUUGACUAGUAAUAUACCGUAUAUAUAUAUAUAUAUAUAUAUAUAUAUAUAUAUAUAUAUAUAUACCAACAAAGCUGCUUCUCAGCAUCACACUUUGAAAAUCCUUCCUUUUUACACAUUUAUAGA